AUUACCUGUCUGAAUGCUUGCACCAGAGUGCAAUAGCCAAGAAGGCAGGGACCUGAAACCCUAACAGGUGGAAUAGUGCCUGGCACAAAUAACCAUGUGUUGAAUAAAUGAUUGAAGGAAUGAAUGAAUGAAUCUGAGCUGUGGAAUGAUUUAGAGUAAGCGAACUGAAUGACUGAAAGAUUUACUUGAAUCCUCCUUACUCUCCAACAGAGGGGUCUUAUGGUUUGGUAUCCUCAUACCUAUUCCUAGUCUGCCACUCAAUGGCUUACAACCAGUCACUAAAGCCUCCUUGAGUAUCAACUUAGGCCUGGGUGAAAUGGGUUCAAUAACCUGUGUCCAUGCAGCAGACACAGGCCAUUAUAUUGCACUGUAUGCCUCUGUACUGUAACGCCUGUGAGCAGCUUGAGGACCGAGGGCUGGUCCUGUGCAUUGUUGUAUCCCCAGUACUUAGCAUACAGCCUGGUCCACAGAGAGGUAAAAUAAAUGUUGAAUGAAUGAAUGAAAGUACAGGACUCUUAAUCCUCCUCCAAAGCUGACUUACCAUCUGAAAAUAAACCUGGUGCAUGACACAGACAUUCCCCUUUCAAUUCAGAGAUGAGGAGGCGCUAAACAGUUGGUUCCCUAUCCUGAGGGAAGGAAAGGCAAACCUCGGCUCCAGAUCCGGUUCCAUGCCAUGUUUUGGAAUUUGUGUUUACGUCUGCCUUCAUCCCCAUCCUUUCCGCUCCAGUAUAAGCAAAAUUAUAACCCCGCACACCGACUUGCAUGCAAUUAUCAUAGCCCGAGUGCUCCUCCGUUGAGAGACUUCGCCCCCGAGACCGCUGACUGUGAAUGACAAAUCAAAAGUCAGGGUUGCAGAAUCAGACGGACUUUCCUGCUCAUUUGCAGCAGAGGGAGGAAGCAGAGAAUGAAAGAUUCUGAAAAUAAAGGAGUGGUUAUUAUUGAGUCGAGAAUUUUUGGGAAAAGUAACACGUGGAGAGUCAUUUUUUGAGUGGAAGGAGUCUGAAGAGAGGGUAGGAACCAACCUCCUACUACCCACCAGGUGCCUCAUCUCCAGACAUGGAGCCCAGCUAUGGGGGAGGUCUCUUUGACAUGGUAAAAGGAGGUGCAGGGAGGCUCUUUAGUAACCUAAAGGACAACUUGAAAGACACCCUCAAAGACACAUCUUCUAGAGUGAUACAAUCUGUGACCAGCUACACAAAGGGAGAUUUAGACUUCACUUAUGUUACCUCCAGAAUUAUUGUGAUGUCCUUUCCUCUGGACAAUGUUGACAUAGGAUUCAGGAAUCAGGUUGAUGACAUUCGAAGCUUUUUGGAUUCCAGACAUCUUGACCACUACACAGUAUACAAUCUGUCACCUAAGUCUUAUCGAACUGCCAAGUUUCACAGCCGGGUCUCAGAAUGCAGUUGGCCCAUUAGGCAGGCUCCCAGUCUGCACAACCUUUUUGCUGUGUGUCGGAAUAUGUAUAACUGGUUACUGCAGAAUCCCAAAAAUGUCUGUGUUGUCCACUGCUUGGAUGGACGGGCGGCAUCAUCAAUUCUGGUUGGUGCUAUGUUCAUUUUCUGUAAUCUCUACUCUACUCCUGGCCCAGCCAUUCGAUUGCUAUAUGCCAAGCGACCAGGAAUUGGACUUUCACCAUCCCACAGGAGAUACCUGGGCUAUAUGUGUGACCUACUCGCAGACAAGCCCUACUGCCCUCACUUCAAACCUCUCACAAUUAAGUCGAUCACUGUCAGUCCAAUACCCUUUUUCAACAAACAGAGGAAUGGAUGUCGCCCUUACUGUGAUGUACUGAUUGGAGAAACCAAAAUAUAUUCAACUUGCACAGAUUUUGAACGAAUGAAAGAAUAUCGUGUCCAAGAUGGAAAAAUCUUCAUUCCCUUGAACAUCACUGUGCAAGGAGAUGUGGUCGUUUCCAUGUAUCACUUGAGGUCAACCAUUGGGAGCCGGCUACAGGCUAAGGUGACCAACACGCAGAUAUUCCAGCUUCAGUUUCACACUGGAUUCAUACCACUGGACACAACAGUUUUAAAAUUCACCAAGCCUGAGUUAGAUGCAUGCGAUGUACCAGAAAAAUAUCCUCAGCUAUUUCAGGUGACACUGGAUGUAGAACUACAGCCCCAUGACAAAGUAAUAGACUUAACUCCUCCAUGGGAACAUUACUGCACAAAAGAUGUCAAUCCCAGCAUCCUCUUCUCUUCUCACCAGGAACAUCAAGAUACGCUGGCCUUAGGAGGGCAGGCUCCAAUAGAUAUCCCGCCAGACAACCCCCGGCAUUACGGACAAAGUGGUUUCUUUGCCUCUCUCUGUUGGCAAGAUCAGAAAUCAGAGAAGUCAUUCUGUGAGGAGGAUCACGCUGCCCUAGUGAACCAGGAAAGUGAGCAGUCAGACGAUGAACUUCUGACACUUUCCAGUCCGCAUGGCAAUGCCAAUGGUGACAAGCCUCAUGGAGUCAAGAAGCCCAGCAAAAAGCAGCAGGAGCCAGCAGCCCCUCCACCCCCUGAGGAUGUGGACCUUUUGGGCCUGGAAGGGUCUGCAGUGAGUAACAGCUUCUCUCCACCAGUGGCUCCUCCCACCAAUUCUGAACUACUGAGUGACCUGUUUGGGGGUGGAGGUGCAGCUGGUCCCACUCAGGCCGGACAGUCAGGAGUGGAAGAUGUGUUUCAUCCUAGUGGACCUGCGUCUACCCAGUCAACACCACGCCGCUCUGCCACCUCCACUUCCGCGUCUCCAACCCUAAGAGUGGGAGAAGGUGCCACCUUUGACCCAUUUGGAGCACCUUCCAAACCAUCAGGUCAGGAUUUGCUGGGUUCUUUUCUGAACACAUCCAGUGCUUCCAGUGACCCGUUCCUCCAGCCCACAAGAAGUCCUUCACCCACAGUACAUGCUUCUAGUACGCCUGCUGUGAAUAUUCAGCCAGAUGUUUCUGGAGGUUGGGACUGGCAUGCUAAACCAGGAGGCUUUGGAAUGGGAAGCAAGUCAGCUGCCACCAGCCCAACCGGAUCCUCGCAUGGUACUCCCACCCAUCAAAACAAACCCCAGACUCUGGAUCCUUUUGCCGACCUUGGGACGCUAGGUAGUUCUUCAUUUGCCAGCAAGCCCACCACACCAACUGGAUUGGGUGGAGGAUUCCCACCUCUCAGCUCGCCACAGAAGGCAUCUCCUCAGCCUAUGGGUGGUGGGUGGCAGCAGGGAGGUGCCUACAACUGGCAGCAGCCACAGCCUAAGCCUCAGCCCAGCAUGCCCCACUCCUCUCCCCAGAACCGACCCAACUACAAUGUGAGCUUCUCGGCCAUGCCUGGGGGCCAGAACGAACGUGGGAAAGGAUCAAGUAAUUUGGAAGGGAAACAAAAAGCAGCUGAUUUUGAAGACCUACUCUCUGGUCAAGGUUUCAAUGCUCACAAAGACAAAAAGGGGCCUCGGACAAUAGCUGAGAUGAGAAAGGAGGAAAUGGCUAAGGAAAUGGAUCCUGAGAAAUUAAAGAUUCUGGAAUGGAUUGAAGGUAAAGAAAGAAAUAUCAGAGCCCUUCUCUCCACGAUGCAUACUGUGCUGUGGGCUGGGGAGACCAAGUGGAAACCAGUUGGCAUGGCAGACCUGGUAACACCAGAGCAGGUGAAGAAGGUGUACAGGAAGGCUGUCCUGGUGGUGCACCCAGAUAAAGCUACUGGGCAACCCUAUGAGCAAUACGCAAAGAUGAUUUUCAUGGAGCUCAAUGAUGCCUGGUCUGAAUUUGAAAACCAAGGCCAAAAGCCCUUAUAUUAAUUCAGGAGCUUUUCCAUCCCUGCUGCAGACCUAUGCUAAUGCUUAGUGUGUGUCACAAUUCUGAGGUUUUCGCAGAUGAACCAAAAACUCCAGUAACACGUUUUCAGUACUAAACCGUUAAGUUACUCAUGAAUUAAUUUCUCAUCGAUAAGGAAUGUGGAUGUUUGGUUUCUCAAAGUUCCCACCAUAAAAGAUCCAAAGCAUGAGAGGAACUUCUAGUCAGAUGACCUUGCAGAACCACUGCAUUCCUCCCUGCCCUGUGGGGAGCCCACUCAGCAUUCUACCUGGGGAAGUGGAAAACAGAGGCCACCACCCAUGAAGGCAUAACACCCAUCACAUUGUCUGAGAAUAGGAUUAAUGAGCAACAGUUAUGAUAAUAAUUAAUAGAUACGAUGGUUUAAUGGUUCCUAGAUUUUUCUUGGAAAGAUAUAAUUUGAGCAGUGGCUUUAUGCAGACUCAAAGAACAAGACCAAGUAUUUUUUUUUAAGUAAAAAUUUACUAAGGCCUUUAGCAUAAUACUGUAAAUAUCUUUUGGUCAAGAGGACUAACAAAUAUAAAGGAACUUGAAUUGUAGGGAGUGAUAAUAGUCCAGUGAUUAAACUACAGUCCAGUAAUGACCACCAACUUUCUGACUAAGCUAAAAAUGAAUGAAAAUGCUGGCUAAAGAAACUAGGGACUCUGAAGAUGCCGAAAUCUUUAUUCCUGGUUAGGAAGGUGGGCUGCUACCCUUCUUUCCCUUUAGAAAACUGUGAUUAAUUAAAUAAAAAGUCUUACUACUGUAACAACUCUAAACCUGGUUUAAAUGAAACAUCUAGUUUUGCUGUAAGGCUUAAUGCUCUUCUUUUGUUUAGCCAAGAAAACAUUCUUGGUUGGAAACAGGUGGUAAAGUAGUUUGGCCUGUUCACAAUUUAUCAGGGCCAAUAUCUAGUAUGGACUCAGUGUUCUCUAGGUUUGUGAGCGGUUGUGGUAAGAGAAUAGAAGGCAACACUGAAUAGGAGUUAUGAGAAUGGCACGAUCACAGUGAGAGAGCUGCACUUACCCGCAGACCCAGUCAGAUGGCUUGUCAGUAUCUGCUCUGAGGAACCAGGUCCCACCUCCCCACAAGGCAAAUCUAGACCCAUUGGAUUAUUACAGUGGACUUUAUUGUUUUAAAAGUAGUUGGGGAUCCACAGGAACAACAUUCAUACAGGGACAUUUGUGAAAGCAAAGCAAGAAUGAAAGCUUUCCAGAUCUUAGACUGGCUGGAUUAGAUCAGUGUGUUGGCUGGUUCUCAUUUUAAGGGGUAAGCAGUUUGCUGUUCUGUGACUUUAGUAGAUCUCUUUUGUGUGCACAUAUACAAUGUGCAUUAUACAUACGUAUAUAUAUGCGCAAAGCAGAUGGGCAAAAAGAUUUUCAUGCUAAUCUUCAAAGGUUCAUGCUCAAUGUUGUGAAAAGCUUUUAAAAGUUGUUUUGAAAAGACAAUCAUUUUUUGUUUUUGUUUUAAUUUUCUUGUGGCAAGCUAUACCGGAAAAGCGGCAUGUCAAAAAUACUUUAGGUUCUGCAUAGAUCUCUUUCUCUCUCUCUCUUUUUUUUUUUUGUUUGUUUGUUUGUUAAAGUUCAUUAUUUAUUUUACCUUUUACUGACAAUGUGAAACUCAAAGAAAAUGUUCUCUUUUUAAAUAUACAGUCAUAAACUGUUCAAGGUAACCAUAACAAACUAGAUGUUAUUUAUUAACGUAUUAUAAAAUAAUGUUUGAUCCAGUAUGUGCUUGUCUUAUUUAAAAUUGGAAUGUGAGACAUGUUGCUGUGACCUGUUUUUUUUUCCUCAUUCACAUUUGUAGAUAUUGUGUGAACUACAGUAUAUAAUAACAAUUAAAAGGAUAUUCUGUGGAUGUCACAUAUUUUGAAAUGAUAGAACUACAUUAGCUUUGUAUCAUGUUUGGAUAAUUCAUCAAUGUUCACAGUUUAAAACAUCAUUAAACAUUAUGUAAUUAGCAAUGAGAAAGAAUCUUACUUAACUUAAAUUUGGGGAUUUCCCCCCACAUCUCUUUUCCGGAUACAUUAUAAUUCUGGAACCCUAUUUAUCUCAAAACUCUUAAUAUAUGCAGACCAACAGGUUUUUGCAUUCCUUUUAAAUAGCUGGUUGUGACAAAGCUUGUUGUUGAUCAGAUUCACUGUUUCAUCAUAUUUAUUGUAAUAUAUUUUUUGUUUUGUAAAUAUGUUACAACAAAAUGUGAUUGGUCUAAAAUAUUUGUAAUGUAUAUUAAAAGGUUCAAAAAUA